CGCUCUGACUGCGAGCGCUCUCGUAAAAUAUAUAUACAAUUUCGUUCCUUUUCACUCUGCGCUUCAUGUUGGAUGGUGUAUACUCGCACGGUCCGAGGAAAGCGCGCUGGAGAAAGAGAGAGAGAGAGAGAAGACUUGUAAAAAAUGGCCACUUUCACGUGCAGCCCGUAUAUUCCUUGAUGCGGGAGCGUAUGAUUUAUUGCGCCGUUGGAGAUGAUUGUUGCUUGGCAAUUUUGGAUAUAAAGCUUGAAAUUAAAUCCAUCCAGUGCUUUGUUGAAAAUGCAGCUUAAAGGAAAAUUCUGCCAAAUAAACAAGACUAUGAGGAAGUGAUCAGUACAAUGUGGUGUAUUAAUAACAGAAGCCUUCCACUAGCUCUACCUAACGAAUUUCGUAUAAAAUACCUUUAAGGUGAUGUUUAUUAUGCUUUUUUAUAUGCAAGCAUUAUAGUUGACAAUCGGAUUCAUCACGAUGUUGAAGUUUACUGAAGAUCUGAGCAUUGAGCAUCUACCGCUAGAUGUAUACAAAGAUUUGGUAGCAGAACUCAACAGAGAUGACAGUUGGAGAACUUUGGCAAUUUAUGUCUCUGAGAAACUUGAUUACUCUCACGCAUGGGUAAAUGGAUUGGAAGACAACAAUGGUUCGACAAAUGACACUCCAGCUAGUAAAUUGCUAGUAGAAUUAAAUAUAAGGCUGUGUACAGUAGGAAUUCUUUCUAUGCUAUUGGAAGAUUGUAAUUUAUUAAAAAUAUUAGCUAUUUUACAUACACCAGAUCCUGUAAGAAUUAUUACGCAUCCCGAUGAAGAGACUUUGCCUUCUGAAGAUUUGUGUGUAUCUCUUAGAAAUAAAGUACGUCUCAUAUGCAGGGCAUACGGGUUGCCACCUCCAAAUUAUCAAUGGUAUCAUGAAGAUGUGAGAUUGGAAGGAGAAACUUCUGAAGAAUUAAAUAUUCUUAUGACAUCUACAUCACAACAAGGUUCAUAUAGGUGUAAAGUUUACCAAAUAAAUCUUAAGGGGGAGAAGCUAUCAGAAAUAUUUAGCAGACCUCUGCAUGUAAGUUUGAAGCCAACCUCAGUAAUUAUAGAAAAACAACCACAAGUAUACUUAGAAAUAAAAGAAGGAGAUAACUUAGUUUUGUGUUGUGAAGCUACUAGCCACCCUAGUCCACAAUAUCAAUGGUAUAGAAAUAAUGAUAGAUUGGAUUAUCAAACUUCAAGUAUAUUAAUGAUUGAAAAAUUUACUGCUAAAGAUGAAGGAAAAUACUAUUGCCACAUAUUCAAUGGUAUUAGUGAAAAGUACACACAACAUAGUACAGUCUUGAUGGAACUACCUCGUCAAAAGGCUGUAGCAAAGGUGGCCUUACUCAUUGCUAAUGAAAAUUAUGAUAAUCAGGAGAUACUGAGAACUCCAAAAAAUGAUGUUGCAAAAGUAGCAAAAAUUUUAGAUGGUUUGGGAUUCACUACUAUUUGUCUAACUAAUUUGACACUCCUACAGAUGAAAAAUGCUAUAAAAAUAUUCUCAGAUUCUUUAGUUGAAGGAACAUACGGUUUGUUCUACUUUGCUGGUCAUGGUUUUAAAAUGCAGGAAAACUAUAUGCUCUCUAUUGAUUCACCAACAAAUUAUUUAAGGAAAGAUGCGAUUUGUGAAAGUGAAUUACUAUCAGUUGCCCUCCAAAAUGAUCCUGCUCUGCUAGUUGUUAUUUUAGAUAUGUGUCAAACUAUACCACCUAUAGAAUUCAAUCCCGAAAUUCACGGAGAAAUACCAUCUAUAAAUACAUAUAAGGGACAAAAAAAUUUAAGGAAUUUACUGCAAGCAUAUUCUACAUCAUGUUACAGACCUAGUUAUGAAAGGAUGGGAAAGGAUUAUGGACUUUAUGCUACACAUUUGUGUAAAUAUUUGGAUGAAAAUAUUCCUGUCACUAAAUUAUUUGAACAAGUUGGAAAAUCUAUUGACACAUGGUUUAAAGGGGCAGAACGAAAACAAAUUCCUAUGUUUGCAACUACAGUCACUAAGCCUUAUAAACUAACGGACAGUAUUGUUCAAAGUGCAUUACCUCACUCAAUUGUCCAGCUAGAAAAAUUGAUUAAAUUUUCAAACAAAGUUAUAGAUAUUAAUUUCCAGCAAACUGGAGUAAAAUGCAAAGCAAAGAUUUCGCAGUAUGCAAAGCCAUGUCUCAAUUGUAUUCAAAUUUCAGUUAUUGAUCUAGAUGAUAAAUGGGAAGUUAAUUUUUUCAAUUCUGUGCAUACAAAACGCAACAAUUUAUUCAAAUGUGCGAGUAAAAAUAAGUGCUGGUUUCAGAGUCCUGAAACUAAUGAGGGACCACUUGUAAUAUCUCUAUUGGAUAAUGGAGUUCCUGUGGGUGCAACAUUAUUAGAAAUAAAUGAGCUUGUACCUACUUUCUUAUACAGAUUGAAUCAAGUUAACGCAUAAAAAUUCUUAUUUGAUAUUUUUAUAUUCUAAAAAUUAACAGAAAAAGCGCAAUUGAGAAUUUUGAUUUGAAUGUUAAAUAUUUAUAAGACAUGUUGACUUAUAUUGAAAAAAUCAUGUUUUUAUUAACAAUAAAUAUAUUUGAAUAUAUCUUGUGAGUAAUGUCACAGCAUUUUUGAAUAUUAAAAAUUAUAUAAUCAACAAUUUAUGUCUGAAAGAUGGACACAUUGCAAAAAUGCUCCUAAUAACAUUUUGUCGUUGACAAAUAAACAAAAUGAUCUCUACAAAAAUAAUCUUACUUAUGAGAUGAGAUCAAAUUUAUUUACUUAAGCUGAAAAAAAAAUUGUUAUAUUAUAUUUGAAAAGUAUUGAGUAUGAUAUAGAUACACAGUUUUUCUUACUUAACAGGCAUGAAGUGAUUGAUCAGGUUGACUGUCCAGGAAGAUUCUACGCCUUUUGUGUAUUCACGAAUAAAUCGAUAAUUACAAAUAAA